GAAAUAUCACCCGUAAACAGACCCUUAUCUCGAUUUCAGAUUUGUGGUCAUCAUCGUGCUAUCACCAUAGACAAGAAGUCGAGAACAAUUGAAUGGUAUUCCUGAGGGGAUUUUAGAUUAUUACACAAAAGGACACCAGGCUUGUUACUUGCUUAAAAUUCGGCUGAUUGAAGGUAAAUGAUGGCGUCUGCGCAGUGUGUGCUGACUUCCAUUGUUGGCAAGAAUUUGAACAACUCUGGUCCGAUGAGUUAUCCGAGCAUUUCAGGUAUGCCUGGUUUUGAUACUCUGAGUUUGCGGAGAAAGAGUAUCUGUCCCAAUUCAUUUUCAGGCUCGAGAGAUGCCGUCAAUGAUGAGAAGAAUUCUAAGCAAAGGAAGCAUACUGUCGAUCCAGCUGCCCCAAAUUUUCUCCCCCUCCCUUCAUUCGCAGAGUGCUUCCCAAAGAGCUCAAAAGAGCACAAGGUGGUUGUUGAUGAGCAAUCCGGUCAUGUUUUGGAAGUCCCGUUUCGGCGCAUCCACCUGACAGGAGAUGAACCACAUUUUGACACUUAUGAUACUAGCGGUCCCCAGGAUGCUAACCCCCGUGCCGGACUCCCCAAGCUGCGCAAAGAGUGGAUCGACAGAAGGGAGAAGUUGGGUGGGCCGAGAUACACUCAAAUGUUCUAUGCAAAAAAUGACAUUAUAACUGAAGAGAUGAUAUUUUGUGCUGCCCGUGAGAAUCUUGACCCAGAGUUUGUGAGAUCUGAGGUUGCCCGUGGGCGAGCGAUCAUUCCCUCAAACAAAAAGCACCUAGAGCUCGAGCCAAUGAUUGUGGGAAGGAACUUCUUGGUCAAAGUCAAUGCCAACAUUGGAAACUCAGCCGUUGUGAGUUCCAUUGAGGAGGAAGUGCACAAACUGCAAUGGGCAACAAUGUGGGGUGCAGAUACUAUCAUGGACCUCUCCACUGGCCGUCACAUCCAUGAGACCCGUGAAUGGAUCUUGCGCAACUCUGCUGUCCCCGUGGGGACUGUACCAAUCUACCAAGCAUUGGAAAAAGUGGACGGUAUCGCUGAGAAGCUUUCUUGGGAUGUUUUUAGAGAUACAUUGGUUGAACAAGCCGAGCAAGGGGUUGAUUACUUCACCAUCCACGCUGGAGUAUUGCUUCGCUAUAUUCCCUUGACUGCAAAGAGAAUGACUGGGAUUGUUUCCCGUGGAGGUUCCAUACACGCAAAGUGGUGCUUGGCCUAUCACAAGGAGAAUUUUGCUUAUGACCAUUGGGAUGACAUUCUGGACAUAUGCAAUCAUUAUGAUGUAUCUUUGUCUAUUGGUGAUGGGCUGAGGCCAGGCUCCAUUUAUGAUGCAAAUGACACUGCUCAAUUCGCUGAGCUCUUAACUCAAGGAGAACUUACGCGUAGAGCUUGGGAAAAGGACGUGCAGGUCAUGAAUGAAGGACCUGGACACAUUCCCAUGCACAAGAUUCCAGAGAACAUGCAAAAACAAUUGGAGUGGUGUAACGAAGCACCGUUCUACACUCUCGGACCACUCACCACCGACAUAGCACCCGGAUAUGACCACAUAACCUCAGCCAUAGGUGCAGCCAAUAUUGGAGCACUGGGCACUGCCCUCCUCUGCUAUGUCACUCCGAAAGAGCAUCUUGGCUUGCCUAACCGGGAUGACGUGAAAACGGGAGUUAUAUCGUAUAAGAUAUCUGCCCAUGCGGCUGACCUGGCAAAAGGUCACCCUCUUGCACAAGCGUGGGAUGAUGCGAUAAGCAAGGCAAGGUUUGAGUUCAGGUGGAUGGACCAGUUUGCACUGUCACUUGACCCUGUCACCGCAAUGUCCUUCCACGAUGAAACCCUGCCGUCAGACGGUGCUAAGGUGGCGCAUUUCUGCUCCAUGUGUGGGCCCAAAUUUUGUUCUAUGAAGAUCACUGAGGAUAUACGGAAGUAUGCUGAGGAACACGGGUAUGGGAGCCCGGAGGAAGCAAUCCAGCGUGGGAUGGACGCUAUGAGUGCAGAGUUCAAAGCAGCAAAGAAAACUGUGAGUGGGGAACAACACGGUGAAGUUGGUGGGGAAAUCUAUCUCCCCAAAACUUACAUUGACCCUUUGAAGAUCUAAAGGAGGAUAAGUAUCCAUGUCUGAGUGAACUGCUAGUUAGGAGUUCUACAAGACAUCCAUGCAACAUGGGGCCCACUCAAACAAGUUUUGAGAUCUUGAUCCCUUCCUCAUAAGGGUGUCUGGAUCAGCCAGGAUGCUCUCUCUGGCUGAAACAGGCUGAGAAAGUCCCUUUGAACCUGAACAGGAUAAUACCUGCGUAGGGAGAGUGCCUUUUCCUUUCCCUCUUCUGUCUUUUGCUGACAGGGAUAUCUAGAUAUACGGCGAGAUUAUGAGCACAGGCUUGUUUGACUACAACAACUUUCGGAGUAAAGUUUUCCCACCAUUACUGAUCUGCUCAGUCGCACACAGAGUUAUUGAUAACUUGCAUCAUGGUAAAAUGACGACUUAACAUAAAUACUUUCCCCGUUCUUUAAUAGUUGCAACACUUUGAAAUUUACAUUAUUCACAAAUCUUACAUUGACCAUGAUUUUCUACUAAUAUAAUCAAAUUAAUAUGUAUAAAUAUUAUCAAAUUUCUCUUAAUGUGAACUUCCAAAAUCUCAAUUUUUUAUAAUGUUUUGUAAUUAAAGAUAAUUGCAGUGAAAGAUGUGCGUUGGCAAAUGUGAAGAUAAAGUGUUGCAAUUAAAAAAGAAAGGACGUAGUAUUUCAAUUUGAUUCGAGGAAAAUCAUUUUUCUUGGAUUCAUAACUAGUGUUAUCGAAUUUGAGGUGAAUUUGCGACAUUUAUCAACUCGCAGUUCGAAGGUUACACUUUCAUGUACAUAUGUGUACACAAGAGUGUGUUAAUGCACAUCGUAAGGCAUUCAGGGGCAGAGCCAGGGCACUAGGCCCGUACAAAGAAUAUUUUUGGGAAAAAAAUUACACCGAAUUUUUUACACUAAAAAUAUAGACAUUGUUUAAAUUUGAGGUGGGUCGGCCUAGGAAAAAAAUUUACACCGAAUUUCAGGUACGCCCCUGAAGGCAUUAAUGACCCCUUUUGAUGUCCUAUAAAAUGUUUUUUAUUAUAACAGUACAUUUUAGUAGGGAGUUUUAUUAUUAAAAAGAAAUUGGGAAAAUUUCCGAAAUAGGAGUAAAAAAGUUUGAAAAUUCCAAAAUAGGACUGACAUGUUUUUCUUCCCAAAAUAUGAGUAAUUACUGUCAUGUUUAAAGUCUAGUACUGCCAAAACAUGACAGUAAUUAGUCCUAUUUUGGGAAUAAAAACAUGAUAGUCCUAUUUUGGAAUAUACAAACGUUUUAGUCCUAUUUUGGGUAAUUUCUCAAAGAAAUUUGUAGAUACGGAAAGUCAAAAAUACAAGUGUGGUGGGAUGUUUUCUCCAGUUGUUUAUUUGUAUUGCUCUGUUUCCUCUUGUGUUUGAUGGAUUUUUCAAACUUCAAAACCAGAGAAUGACUUUGAGAAAGAAUUGUGUUGUACUGUACCAUCAUUAUUACAUCUUGAUUCUCGUACCAAAGAAUGUGAAAUUGAAUUUCAAAAGAUAAUACAUUUACACGGUUUAGUGAAUCAAUUGCUAGACGCUUUUACUAAUAGUAAAGGAGUGACAAAGUCAUUAGUACCGGCUAUCAAUGCUCCUAUAGUCCUAUUAGACUAAAUGUCCUAGUAGGAGUGCAACUGUGCAGGACAUGUCGUUGCAAAUGAAUCAAAAGCAUGACAUGAAGCGUGGGAAACCAAUCGGUCCAAAGUAGGCAUGGACUCGGGCCGGGCCUAGGCCUGGCCGGGCCGCCGGUUUGUAAGUGAUGGGCUCGGGACCGGCUUGAGGUCUGGACGGUUCCGGUUCGGGCUGGGCCACCCGUCGGGCCACCAGGCCGGGUUGGUUAAAUCCAUUUUUUUUAUAAUUUAUACUUUAUAGUUUUGUACAAGUAUUAACAACAAACUUCAAGUGCAUUUAUUUGAAAUGAAAUAGGAACUAUAUUUGACAAUUAAGAAAAAAAUACAAUAUGAAAUACAUUUUGUAAAUUGUAAUCAAUCGGAACUUCCCGCACCUCCCGGUCACAUGACAUAAUAUGCUUCAUUGCCAUCCCGUAUUCGCGUGAAAGACGGUGAAACCCCCGUGCUAUACUUUCCAUCUUAAAAAAGGUAGAUAUAAUAAUUCUACAAAUACUACAAUAGAUGGAGAUUAGAGAUUGGAUAUUGGAGAAGAUGUGUAUAAAAAUGUUAGAAAAUAAGAAUAUUUAUAGAAAGUAAAUAAAUUAUAGAUAUAAUUCCAACUAUAUUAAUAGAUAUAAUAAAUGUAUAAGUAAUAUAUAAUUAGAUAAGAAAUAUAAGUAAUAUAAUGUAUGUAUUUAUAAAUUAUAAGUAGAUAAUUAAUAUAAAGUAGAUAUAUAAUAUAUUGGAGAAUAAGAGAAUUUGAGAAGAUGAAGAUAAUUAGAGAGUAGAGAUCGAGUAGAGAGUUAAGAGUAGGAUUUUGGAAGAGUUGGAGAAGAGAUAUAGAAAAAUGUUUAAGAUUAGGAGUAUUUAUAGUUUUUUUUACCCCAUCCCCAAACCGCACGGACCCACCUGCAGCCCACCCAACGGCUAUUUAGCCGUUUGGGUAGUCCCCAGCCCACCCCAACGGCUAGUUUGGCCCAAAAGUCCAAAACAAUUAUUUUUUUAAAAUCUGAUCGUUGGACUCGGACACGGGCCCGACCUGGCCGGGCCGGGUCAACUUUUUUCAGAACCCCCCCAACCCUAACCCCCCAGUUCGGGUCUACACCCGGUCCCGGACUGCCAAACUGGGCCGGUCCCGGACUUGCACAGUAGCGGGCCGGGUCACGAGUCGGGUGGCCCGAACCGAAUCCACCCCUAGUCCAAAGAUAAAAAUCCUUGAAAAAGAAAGAGAGCAAAGAAUGAAAAUGACCAAGAAGAGGAUAAAAUAACUUAAAAGUAGAUUCUCCUGAAGAGAACAUUGACAUGAUUAUAAAUCCAAAAAAGGAUCAGGUACCUGAAAAUGAAGAGAUCUCAAUAAAUUAUGUCAUGUCAGGAGUUAUUUGGAACCGACAUAAAAUCGAAUCGAUGAUGAUAAAGCAAAUCACAUAUUUGCAUAUCAUAUAGCGCUAGAUAUAAUGAUGAAAAUGAGGAACAUAAACCAAGCACAAUACAAGAAUGUAGACGCACAGAUGAUUGGUCAAAGUAGAAAGAUGCAAUAGAGGCUAAAUUACAAUCGCUCGAAAAGUGAGAAGUUUUUGGACCUGUGGUCAAAACACUAGAAGAUGUUAAACCAGUGGGUUAUAUAAAUGGAUCUUUGAGCGUAAAAAAAUGAAAAGGGUGAAAUUAUUAUAUAUAAAUCCCGUUUAGUUGCACAAGAAUUUUCACAAAUAUCCCAUAUUGAUUAUGAUAAGACAUAUUCUCUUGUGGUGAAUGCUACUACUUUUUGAUACUUAAUAAGUUUGGCAAUCCAUGAAGCAGUUUGUAUAUAGUGCAUCCGGGUGUAUGUACACCCGGCCCAAGUAAGAAAGACGGCCCAACCACUAAUACAUGCCAAAAAAAUUCGGUGGCAUAUUUGUAAUUUAAGCGAAAAUUCACGGUUUCCGCUAAAUGAGCAAUAUUAUACGUUUAGUGAGCAUUUAACCUAUUUUAGUGAAUAUUGCGAGGCUAACAAUGAGUAACAAUGGCAUAUCAUUAUUGAAUAUUGUACGUUUAGUGAGCAAUAUUGAAUACAGUGACACGGGCGGUGGCUAUAGUGACACAUGUGGUGGCUACAGUGACACAGGCGCUGGUUGUAAUGACAUGGGUGGUGGUUGUAGUUACAAAAAACGAACACGCAGUGACAUAAAUUUUUUGCCGUUACAUCAUGUUUUCUAAUUGAACAUAUAUGACCUUCUUGAUCACUUUUUUGUCCCUUUUUAAAAGUGGUCACUUUUUGGGUAAUUGGUUCAAAAUUAGUAAUAUCCAUGUAAAAACCCCUUCUUUCAUAUUGUUAAGAACAUCAAUUAUCAAUGAGAAAGUUCUCGAAAUAGGACUAAAACAGUUUGAAACUUCCAAAAUCGGACUGUCAUUUUUUUUAUUCCCAAAAUAGGAGUAAUUACUGCCAAAUGUAGAAAAUCCUGUCAUGUUUGAAGUCUGGUACUGCCAAAACAUGACAGUAAUUAGUCUUAUUUUGGGAAUAAAAAUAUGGCAGUUCUAUUUUGGAAUUUUCAAAAUGUUUUAGUCCUAUUUCGGGUAAUAUCUCAUUAUCAAUUCAUAAGCAUUACCGAACGUGUUUCAAUGUCUUUUAGGCAAUUUAAUACCGAGUAUACUAUUCUAUUUUGUGCUUUCGAAAAGGGUAAUUUUUACCUUUGUGGUUUCGAAAAGGGUAAUUUUGCUAACCAUUGCAGUACCUUUUAGCUUGGAAGGUAACUCUUAUAAAUGCUCUAAUGCAACUAUUAUUGACCAAUUGAUAUGCAAGACAGAAUGUUGUCAGGUUUUGGCUAAAGUAAUUUUCUUAAGGAAAUUAAAAAGCAGAUAGCAAAAAUUGGAGUGGCUAAACUGCUAAGGUGCUGGCAAGGCUUAGGGUUGGACACAAUUCCGAUUUUGAAAUCAGAUCAGUUUUUUUACCUGGAAUUGGAACUAUUUCAAAUGUAUGGGACCAAACUUCAAAGCCUGCCGAUACGCAAAUCAAGCAAGCACCACAAAGACAAAAGAAGAGAUGCAAGAGAUGAAAUCAGGUUUUGUGGUGUGAAGUCUCGGGUGAUUUCUUAUUUGUGGUUGGAGUUUGGAUUAACGACUUUUGUGCACGACAUCCUUCUAGCCCUAAUAUGCACUAUGAUCGAUGAGCUUGGCAGAUAUGAUUAUGUGAAUUUUUCCACCGAAUUGAAAAGUCUCAAGUCUAUGAUCUGUACAUUGGAAAAAAAGGGGUUUGAAGGUUUGUGAUUUGCAAUUGUUCACAAAUUAGGGGUUGUGGAAUCCAAAGUGUUGGAGCUGACCAGGAAGGCGGAGAGGGUAAUUGGAGUCGUUCAUCAUCACCGCCACCAAUAUUCCCAUGUAAUAAUCAACACAUAUCAAGUGGCUCUCUCUGCGGCAAUUUAUACCAUACACCCGGGUGUAUGUGUACACCCGGCUAUUUUGUAAUUCCAUGCAACUCUAAGGCUUCUUCUCCUACUCCAUAUAUGUUGCACGAACCUUAGCCAUUGACAUCAGCCGAGUAACAUAGUUUUUCCAUUGAAGGUCCGGUGAAGGUCGGUUUUGUGCGUCUCCGGAAGCAGGGCAGUAGAGCAGGAGCAGGACGCCGUCGGAGAAGAACUGGUUUACUGACAAAAGAUUGGCUUUUCGGAGCACACAAAAUUCGAAAGAGAUAGAACCGAUGCUUCUACUUAUUGAUUUCUCACCUUUAUUUCACAAGUUAGAGCAAAGCAAUAAUGACCGUUUCUACUUUUCUUUUUACAAUCUUCUUCUUUGACACUUCUGGAUUCCCAAUUGCCAACGCCCCGGUCCGUCAUAAUUCAGUCAUUUCAAGUUCGUUGCGGUUCCUCCAUCUCUGGUGUUGCAGAGAUUCUAUAUGACAACGUUAAUGCUCUGUAUAGACUAGAUUCCGCUAAGAUUGACCUGACAAAUCAAUCCAACCCUUGCCGCAUCGCUCUCACGUGCCAAAUGAGCAUAAUAUUUAUACGAAAUGAGCAUAGACAAAUAAGGAUUUGAGCGCAUUAGCAAUUUCAAAUGACAUUUUGGAUUGUUCGAUACUCCUUUUGUAAGUUAUGUAUGCUCAUUUGAUACUGGCAUGAUGUUCAUUUUAAAAUGCCAUAUACAUUCAUAUUUCAAAAGUAUCAUAUUAAUUAAAUUAAAUUCAUGUAGAACUUGAUUAUAGAUAUAUGAGCACAUACCAUGAUACUCAUUUUCAAUACUCAAUAGGGGAG